GCUGCCUCCCCCACUCCUGCCCUGGUAGUCGGUGCGCAUGCGUCGGGGCGUGGGGCUGCGCGCGGCACACACACACUCACAGCUGAUGACGGGCGGUGACGUCACGGCGGCGGCGGGGAGACAGCAGCUCGGAGCGGUGAGGAACAUAAACAAUAAGAAGAAGCGCGGGCGGCGGAGGCAGCAGAUCCCGGUGAGACGCGUUACUCCCUCCCGGCGCAUUGAUCCACAGAGCAACACUGGUAGUAGUGCUAUAGUGGCGGCUGUGCGCGUCUCCGGGACACGGCAACAAAGGAGGGGGUGAUGGAGGGUCCCUUUACCCUGCGGGUCAGCGUCUCCUCCGAUCAGGGCGGCAGGAAGUACAUGGAGGAUGUCACCCAGAUCCUGGUGGAGCCGGAGCCCGGCGAGGGCGAAUCACUCUGGGAGGAAGACGAGGAAGAAGCGGUGCUCCCCGCUCGUACUUCCGCCCAGGGCCGGGGUACCCCGGUUGGAGCGGGGGCUAAGAGCGGCCAGUCAGUGGGCUUCUUUGCCGUGUUUGACGGGCACGGAGGGCGAGAGGCCGCUCAUUUCGCCAGGGACCGCUUAUGGGGUUUCAUCAGGAAGCAGAGGGGGUUCAUGUCCCGGGAACCGGAGGAGGUCUGCGCCGCCAUACGGAAGGGCUUCGUAGCCUGUCACCAUGCCAUGUGGAAAAAGCUACCUGAAUGGCCAAAAACCAUGACUGGGCUGCCUAGUACCUCGGGAACUACAGCUAGUGUUGUUAUUGUCCGUGGGAAUAAGCUAUAUGUGGCCCAUGUGGGAGACUCCGGUGUUGUAUUUGGAUUGCAGAACAGUCCCAAGGAAACUGUGAAGGCCAUAGAGGUGACACAAGACCACAAACCAGAACUCCCCAGGGAAAGGGAGAGGAUUGAAGGACUUGGUGGCAGUGUGAUAAAUAAAUCUGGUGUAAAUAGAGUGGUGUGGAAAAGACCUCGUUUGACGCACAAUGGCCCUGUGAGGAGAAGUACAGUGAUUGAUCAGAUUCCAUUUCUGGCAGUGGCGCGUGCACUUGGUGACCUGUGGAGUUAUGACUUCUACAGUGGAGAGUUUGUGGUCUCUCCAGAGCCUGAUACGAGUGUACACACAAUUGAUCCUCAGAAGCACAAGUUUAUCAUCAUUGGCAGCGAUGGCCUUUGGAACAUGGUAUCUGCACAAGAUGCUGUCUCAUUGUGUCAGGAGCAGGAGAAGGCUAAUGUGUCUGAAGAGUAUGGCCAAUCUUCAGCAAAAGUCCUUGUGAGUCGUGCACUGACACAGUGGCGACAGCGUAUGCUUCGAGCAGACAACACUAGUGUCAUUGUUAUCUGUAUCUCCUCUCCAUCAGAAAAACAGAGGUCUUGUGCUAAUGAAGAACUGUUUGUUAACUUGUCUGAUGGUCCACGCUACAGCAGCCGGGAUAUGUACCUCAUGUCCACUUCACCAUGCUCCACACCACCAAUCAAGCUUUUGGAGGAUGAUCCAUGGUGGAGACUUACUCUUUCUGACCCUCUCCCAACCCUUGUCCGUCGAAAUGCCUUUUCUGAUAGUUGUAGUAAAUGGGGCUGUGAGUCAAGCAAAUCAAAGGCCCAUGUUUCAUCUACACUACGAGGGGAUUCGGGCAAGUCUGAAGAGAAGAGUAAUGUUUCCCAGUGGGCCACUGGCUCCUCCAGCAUCUCCCCUAUAUGUCUCUUUCCUGGGACCUCUUCACAUGUUGGAACAAGAAGUUCAAAAAUAACAGCUACUAAUACUCUUAAAACUGAAAUGGAAAAACUAGCGUCUUUAAAACGAACCUUGGAGGAGUCUAACAGUGGACCUGCAGUGAAAAAGUUAAGAAAGAACUUUACCAGAACUGAGGGGGUGCAGCCAGUAGUCCCCUCUACCACUCCGAGGAGGAGGAGCACCGACAGAGUGAUCAUGAGACGCAGCCUUAGAGGCCAGAAGAAACUUGGACAUCCUUUAUUACACCAGCCCAGAAAGAGUAUAUGUGUUUGCUGAACGCUCUCUUGGUCUGACUUGUAUGUUUGUUACUGUAUUCAUUUUUCUCAUCUCCAAGAAAGCUAAUGGAGUAAACUACUCCUUUUUUUUUUUUUUUUAUAACUUCUAUCCUCAUUUCCAGCACUUCACAUUCUGGAAUAUUCCUGUCCCAAACUGAACAUUUUGCACAAUAAGUUAUCAAGUAUUUUACUUUCACUUGCAGGCUUAUAUGGACAUCCAAACCUAUAGAUAGGUUUCAGUUAUUUAUACCUAAUAUUUGUCACUUAUGUAUUUAAUUUAGGCAUUUUAGGUUCACCAGGCCUGACUUGGUUUCAGACAAUUUAGCAAAAGCUGUACAUACAUCAACAACUAUUGUUGCAAUUUAUGGUAUAACAUUGUAAUUUUAUUUUUCAACCAUUAUGUUAAUUAUAUCUGAAUUUUCUUCCAGGAGUGAAUUAGAGUUCCUUUUUAAACUGGUAAUUAUGGUGAAUGGAUUUUCUUAGGCAAAUUUUAACUAACCCAUUGUACACAAGUGAUUUGGGAGUAGUUAUUUGCUUAAAUCUAGUGUACCUUUUGUAAUGACUUACAUGUGAGAUUUUAAAUAUUAUGAUCUUUUUAUAUUUAGAAAGAAGAGGGGGAAAUGUCUUAACCAUUUACUCUUCCACCCUUAAAAUGGUAUGAAUUUCUCUUUCUAGUGUAACAAUAAAUAUUGACAAGUGUGUAAUUAUCCCAUCUAGAACAAUACAUAAAAUGGGACUCGGCUGGAAAAAAACAGGUUGGGGACAAGCGGAAAACAAUAAAUUAUUUUCAUUUGGAUUAA